UAGAUUCAAGAUAGCCAGCAUUUUGCGGACGCCACGUGCCCGAUUUUUUCCCAAUGGCAUCGCGUUUUUUGCUUGCUGCUGCUGGAGCUGUGAUGCUCGCGUGCUGUCUUCAGGCUGCCUUUGUUGUGCUUCCUGGUGCCCAAGCACCGGCCCUUCGUGGCGCAAGGACUCAAGGAGAUGCAUCCUUCUCCAGCCUUGGCAUGACAAGCGUGGCUGCAACCACAGCUGCCUUUGGCGUAGCAGCGGCUGUUGCUCGUAGCCGCAAGCGAGAAGCCAAGACUGCUGCCAAAUACACUACCCAGACCAUUUUGCCAUCCCUGGCCUGGAUCAAGACUGGAGUGAAGGCAUCAGAGUUGAAAAACACGGAGUUGAAAGCCUUGACACUUGCCGGCAACGAUGUCCUGAUUGGCAAGACUGAGGCCGGUGCACUUUUCUGCGUGGGCAAUCUGUGCCCUCACAUUGGCACGCCCAUGAGCGAGGGCGCUGAUGUGAUUGGGGACGUGAUUGUGUGCCCUCUUCACGGUUCUUCCUUCAAAGUGACCAACGGCGAACUCAUUGAUUGGUGCGUCUCUCCGCCCAUCAUCGGACCAUUGACCGGCUUGAUUGUGGAGAAGAAGAACCUCCUGGUGUUUGAGUGCCGUCAGGGAGGCUUCUUGGGAAGCGGUGAGGUUGAGGUGCUUGUGGACACCAAUGCCAAGAAGGCCUAUGAGGCCAACUACUGGAAGGGUCUGCUGGAUGCCCAGGGCAAGGAUGAUGGCACCUACUACUGAGCGUUGUGCUUGGCAACAAGAGCUCAUACCGUGCUUUCUCCCAGGCCAAAGGCUUGAAGCUAUCUUAAAGACUGCGCGUCACAAGCAUCAGUCAAAACGCGGGAACGCAGUCAAUUGCAGUGGGUGGACUAGAAUCAAGCUCUUAACAAGAUUGAAAA